CCUUUAAAAGCCAUCCUACUUCUCUCACUUCAACUAUUUUCAUAAACCUAAGAAAAAGAGUCACUCCCAUUUUUUCAUUGUAACAUGUCUUCCUCAGAGGGUGUCGUUGAAUUGGGAAUUGAGUUCUCAGAAGCCAACAAUUUUCUUCUCAUGUCUCUAAUGGAAGAAACACAAGAAGAAGAGUACGACGGCGAUGAUAGACUUGUGAGCAUGAUUCAGUCAUUGGAGGCAGAGAUCAGUGACACUGAAAUGAGUCAAAUGUAUGAGAUGAGUCACGUGGAUGAUCAAGAUUGCUCUACGUCAGUCAGUGGCCCUGAUCAUUGGGUUGACAUGGAAUUGAUCUCUUCUUUGACCUUUGAUGGGAUGAAUGCAUGGAUUCCUUGUGGAGAUGAGAUGAUGGAGCAUGCAGCAAUGGAAUAUGAGGCUGGAAAUGACAUCAAUGAUUUUCAAUUGUGUUAUGGAGUUUUCUUGGAGCAACAAUAUAGAGAGACUAAUUAUCUGGCACAAGGGCCAUGUGAUGCAGUAUUCUGAAAUUAAUUAACUGUAGUUAUAUAUAUAUAUAUAUAUAUAUAUAUAUAUAUAUAAGGAAACAGAAGAGAACAUGGAUUACUUUGUAAUUAAUUUUGUGAAGGUUUCCUUAACUAUGUUAUUGCCACACCUUUUAGUUUUAUCUUGUCUUUACUUAAUCUCCCUUUACUUUCAUGUAAUUGCCUAGCUGAAAAUUAAUCAGAAUGGAUUUUCCUUGGUUCCUCUAUC